CAUGAAAUGCUUCGCCGUCCUGAGUCUCAUACGUCUCGAGCCACUGAGGUGUAAUGUCGGAAAUUACGCCCUGAUGGCGCCAACAUUUGCCAGUUUAUUUGAGGCAGCGAGGGAUGCAAUUUGCAAUUGGAGGCAAGCAAAGGAUAUGGCCAGGAGGCGAUUGUAUGCGGUCUCCUGCUUCAUCUCCAACUUGCCAGUAGCGCCGCGCGCAAUCCUUGAGUUUGAAGGGCAGCGGGCGCUAGCGCCAUGGGAUUCGUCCCCAGCCAGUAUCUUUGACACCAAAUUUAUAGAUGCGAAUGGCAAGGUCACCCUGCUGGGGCAUCUCGUGGGGCUUAACAUGAAAGCCGACAGGGAGAAAUUUUCCAAGCUCCUAGAUGACGGUGCGAAACUCUACGUCGUGAGCGAGCUGAGUAAAUUGGGAAAUCUCUCCCCAGAAGCAGAACUUGAGGAGGCUUGGAGGCGGGCAGAUGCGGCAGCACCCCCCACCGACUUGGCCGUGAUCGGAAAGGUGCAAGGCCUGCAGUACGACGAGCGUGAACCCCCACAGAUCUUCUAUAACUUCCACUGGCCACAGGCAGCCUGGGUGCGGUACGCAAACGAGAAGCUCAGGAAGCUCAAGAAGUCAAAAGCAGCAGGUAUUGGUGCGACCAUCACCAGCUUGGCCGGUGCAGGCGCCAUCCAACUCGCCCAGCUUCCUUCCUUGAAAGAAGCGGUGCCGGGGGCCGCCUCAACAUGUACUCCGUGGGCACUGGUGCCGGGAGCCUCGACAUCAGCACCCGGUUACGUGCUGCAGGGUUGCAGGCGCAUUAGAAGUUAG